CUUCAUAACUAUUAAUGUCAAAAAUGAAGAUGGCUGACGGAUCCACAAUUUUGCGAAGAAAUAGGCCUGGAACGAAGGCAAAGGAUUUUUGCCGAUGGCCCGACGAACUUUUCGAAGAAAUGGACAGCACUUUAGCUGUCCAACAGUACAUACAGCAACUAAUAAGAAAAGACCCCUCAAAUAUUGACUUAAUAUUGAAAAUGCCUGAAUCUCAAGAUGAAGGGGUCUGGAAAUAUGAACACUUAAGGCAAUUUUGUAUGGAGUUGAAUGGUUUAGCAGUGAGACUGCAAGGAGAGUGUCACCCGGAAACUUGCACCCAAAUGACAGCCACUGAACAGUGGAUAUUUUUAUGUGCUGCACAUAAAACACCUAAAGAAUGUCCUGCUAUAGAUUACACCAGACACACGUUAGAUGGCGCUGCCUGUUUGUUAAAUAGUAAUAAGUAUUUCCCUAGCAGGGUCAGUAUUAAAGAAUCAUCGGUAGCCAAAUUAGGUUCUGUGUGCAGAAGAGUGUACAGAAUUUUUUCACAUGCGUAUUUCCAUCACAGAUCAAUUUUCGACGAGUUUGAAAAUGAGACUUGUCUGUGCAAACGGUUUACUCAGUUUGUCACCAAAUAUAACCUAAUGUCAAAAGACAAUUUAAUCGUUCCGAUUUUGGAAGAAGAGAGCACCCCCGGAGAAUCUGAAGCAUAACAACCUUGAAUGUAUUUGAAAAAAUCAUUUUUGUACUGUCAAAUCGUUUUAAUGUGAACAAAAUUAGUCCUAUUUAUUAAGAAUUGCGGAUUUUGGUAUGUAUAUGAUGUAGAAUAUGUAAAAAAUGUCACAUGACAAAGUUUAAAAAACAAUGUGGCUAGAAAAUUAAUAUUUAUACAGUGUCCAAUAGGAAAAAGUAUAUUACCCAUUUUAAGAAAAAAAAUUGUUCUUCAUUAAACCUGAUUGUUUUAAAAAUGAGAAUUCCAUAAAAAAAUGUAAAUCUUAUGUACAGGGUCCUCAGAAAUUAAUAAAAUAUAAAAAUGCGUUAAGAGAGAAGUACAUUUAUUAUUUUAUAGAAAAAUUGUAUUAGAGAAAAAAUACUAAUUUUAUUAAAUUUAUUUUAACAUUUGAUUUCACUAAAAUAUAAAUAAAUAAAAUUAAAUGUUAAAAUGAUUUGAUUUCAACUUUU